AAUUCUGUAUACUAUGGGAUGGAAGAGGAAGAGAACAAAUAUGAGUCCCAACUCAAGGAUGUGUAUGACAGCUGUGAUACCACAGGCACGGGAUAUUUGGAUAAAGAGGAGCUGACAGAACUAUGCCAUAAAUUGCAUCUGGAGAGACAGCUACCCUUGCUCUUGGAAACGCUCUUAGGAAACAACCACUUGGCUAGAGUUAACUUUGACGAAUUUAAGGAAGGCUUUGUGACCAUUUUGUCUUCAAGCAUCGAUCUGGGUGUUUCUGAUGAUGAGAGCAGUUACUUGGAGCCAGUUGUUUCAAAUGAAGUGAAGCCCAAAUAUAUCAAUGGAGCCAAGUGUUAUGGCCGCCGGACAAGGCCGGAAUUCCAGGGCACCAAGUUGGAACCCCCCAAAUAUUUACAAGAACAGCAAGCAAAGGCAAAUAUUAAAGGCCAGUUGAGACGCUCAGCAUCCUUGGAGAGUGUGGAGAGCCUUAAAUCAGACGAAGAUGCUGAAAGCACUAAAGAACCACUGCAUGGGCUGUUUGAGGGUCAAGGCCCAGUGUGCCCCUGGGAUGAUGAUGGUUAUGGUGGCCCCAGAGCCUCUGGCGCUUAUUUUGAUAUGACUGAGAAUCAGGUUCGGGACAUCUGGGAAGACCUUGGAAUAGGAAACAGUGGGUACCUUGACAAGCAAGAGCUGGCUAUUGUUUGUAAGAACAUUGGACUCAAAGAGCUGGAAAAAGAGGAACUUGAAGAGCUAUUUAAUAAAUUGGAUAGUGAUGGAGAUGGCAGAGUAAGUUUUAAGGAAUUCCACCUUGGUUUGUUCAGCCACAGCCCCGUUCCUUGUCCAGUGUCUUCUACACCUCUCAAACCAAAAUGGCAAAGGUCUCAAAGCUGUCAGAUUUUCAAAGAUGGGCAUAGAAGCACAACUCCAUCUUUCUUAUCUGGCUCUGUGGGCUUGAAUCUUUUCUCCAGCAUUGAUGAUGGUAGCAGCUUUGCAAGCCCUGAGCAGGUUGUCUCCAUCUGGGCCCAGGAAGGUGUUGAAAACUGCAAAGAGAUCCUUAAGAGUCUGAAUUUCAGCAUGGAGGAGAAGGUGAACCUAUUGGAACUGUCUAUGGUCCUUGAGGAUGAACUAAUGACUUCCAAGAGUGGAAUUCAACAAGCAGCUGUUGCCUCCUGUAGAUAUGAACUUCACUAUUUAGAAGCUCAAGUGGAACAGAUCUCCUUGGAGAGAGACAAAGCGAGAAUCGAUUUGGAAAAGGCAGAGAAGCGAAACUUGCAAGUUUUUAAAGAGGUGGAUGAUCACCAUAGUGCCAUGGAGUGCCGGAAUCAGAGUAAACUCAAAGAUCUUGAGCAAGAUUACAGAGGAAAACUGACUGUUAUGAAGUCUGAAGUAGAGAUGGAGAGGGAGUUGCUCUUGGAUCAAGUGAACCAUCAGAGAUCCAAGUUGGAAGCCGAUAUAAAAUCUCUUCAAGGGGAAGAGUCUGUCCUGAGGGAAAAGCUGACGUUGGUGAUAAAGGAAAACAGUCGCUUACAAAGUGAAGUUGCAGAAGCAGCUCAAAAGCUUUCUGAAUCUGAGAAACAAGUACUGAAACUACAGAAGGAUCUUGAUUUCAUGUUGAAAGACAAGUUGGGAAUGCUGGAUCCACACAGCACAGAGUUCUUUGAUCAAGAAGAACGUUUUGCUGCGAUCAUUAAAGAAUAUGAGCUACAGUGUCGGGAAUUGCGUGACAAUAACGAUGAAUUACAAAUGGAGGUGGAAAAACUGCAUUCCCAGCUUCAGGAAAGCAACAGGCAUAAUCUGGCCUGGCAUAAAAUGAAGGCCAGCAAACCAGGAGCAACGCUUCUCCCUGACAAUGUGAGAAGUAGAGUAACAGACAAUGGACAAAGAGAAGGUCAGCUCCAUGGACAUGAGCAUGUGCCAGUUACAGGCCAAAGUGGUGCAUCUGAUACCUGUUCAGUAAGUAUAGAAAUGGAGCUCCUGGUAGAAGAACUGAAGGACCAGCAUCAAGAUCUGAAAAUACACCUGGAAACCAAGGUCAAUUACUAUGAAAGGGAAAUAGAGUUAAUGAAAAUAAACUUUGAGAAGGAAAGGAAAGACAUUGAACAUGGCUUCAAGGUGGAGAUUAGUGAACUGGAGGAACAAAAAAGCGAUCUGGAAGAGAUGAAUGUGAAAUGCCAAGAGGUAAUUGAUGGCUUGAAAGAGCAGCUUCAGAAACUAGCACCAGUCCAAGAACUUGAGAAGAGGUUUGAGAAGGAGAUGUCAGAGAUGGAACAGUACUAUGCCAAAGAAAUUUCCAACUUAGGACAGAGGCUGGCCCAGGAAACAGACCGAUUGCAAGAUGAAAUGAAAAGGAGGCACGAGACUGAGAUACAUCUAAUGAGAAUUGAGCUCCACCGGGUGUUAGAAGACAACAGUCUGCUAAAGAAUAAAGUGGGAAGACUUCAGCAACAAGUAGAGGAUGCUGAUGAGGCAAAUAAAAAGCACCAAAAACACAUUGAUGAACUGAAGAUAGAAAAAGAGAAGGCCAGGAGUGAAAUGGAAGAAUUAAAUCAAUUGAACAAGCAGUACAAAGAAGAGCUCUUCCAGUUAAGUGCCAGGACUGGUCAGCUGAGCCACAAACUCUCUGAACUAAGCAUCAAUAAUAAGGCCGAUCAGAACACAAUCCAUCUAUUGAAUCAGAGGUUUGCUGAGCUGGAGAGUGAAAAAGAGCACGAAGCUGCAGUUGCCAAGCAACUUCAAGAGGCCUCGGCUGAAUUGGCCAAGGAGCAUCUCCAGCAACAGUUGGCAUGGCAGGGAGAGAAGGCCCUGCUGGAACAAGAGCUAAAGGUCUCUAGAGAAAAGGCCAGGCAAUCUCAAGAACUGGAGGCUGAAUUGGAGCGUUUGACCCAGGAAUGUCGGAUGCUGAGACUGACAAAGGCACAGCUGAGCGAGGAGUUGGAAGAAUGCCGUGAUCAGCUGUCAGAAGCCAACACAAGCUUAAGCCUGGCACAGACUCAGUAUGUGCAGGAGCUGCAGACGUUAAGAAGCCAGGUGGAAAGGUCUGUGCCCAAAGCCUGCCAUGCUGAGCUCCAAAACAGGCUGGCAGGAGAAAAGGAAACGGUGAGGCAGUUGCAGAGAGAGCUGAACUUCCAGGCACAGCAGAUGAGACAGCAGUUAGCCACACAUCAGGAAGACCAUGCAAAAUCCUGUAGAUUAAUGGAGGAAAAUAUGGAGGAGCUGGAGAUGAACAUGAAGAAUGUGCAAAUUAUGCUUCAGGAAAAAGUGUCCCAACUCAAGGAGCAGCUUGAAAAAAAUGCUAAGUCUAAUUUGUUGCUGAAAGACCUCUAUGUAGAAAAUGCCCAGCUGAUGAAAGCUUUACAGGUUUUGGAGCAGAGGCAGAAGAGCACAGAAAAGAAGAACUUCAUCCUGGAGGAAAAAAUCUCAUCCCUGAACAAAAUAAUUAGAGAAAUCACUCUGGCAUCACAAUGAAUGAAG